UUAUUUUACACAAAUACCGUGCAAGACGUCGUGCGAACCCCACUAUAAAGGCGGCGGGUUUCUCGUUCACUCGUAAUUUUAGUCAUCCGCGAACGCGAUUUUUUUUCUGAUAAAUUACGUUAUUCUCACCUUCGAGAUACGUCGUUAAAUUUAUUCACUUGUACAGUGUUCUCUUCCGUGACGCAGUUAAAUAAUAAUUAGGUGUUCUCUCUUUCUACGUUACUUCGAUCAAGCAGCAACAUAUUUAAAACAAUAUGCAGCGCAAAAAUUUUCUAUUUGAACGAUCGGAUUUGGAUCAGCCAACUUCCACGGUAUUGUUCAAAAAAUGGGAAUUCGAAAAAGAAGAAUUUUCCACCUCGUCGACAAAUUUGUUGUCACAGUUCAAUUUAUCUCGUACGCUUGGUGAGAACACGAAUAUCUUGCCUUUUUAUACAACGCCACCGAUGGAAAUGAAAAUUGCAUCAAUGCCAAAAGCGCCGAUCAAACAGAAAAAACUUCCUCGAAAGGGAGAUUUAAAGCCAAAAAAGUUACAGUAUUCAGACGAAGAAUCAGAAGUUUCUACCGCCGUGGAUAGCGGUAUAAACUUCGAGUCCAUACACUCAAACAACACACUAUUCUCCAAACAACAUACCGCGAAAUACAAUAGAUUUGAUUCUUCUCAAAAAUGUACACGCAGAUUGCGGCCUAUGUUAGAUAAAAUUAAGGGGCAAACGAACGAUAAAGAAAACGAUAAAAAUAUUGUAAAUCAUAGAUCUACAAAUACACUAAACAGCAGAAAUAAUUUAGGACAAACGUCAUCCGUAGUAUUUAAUUCAAAUACUAAAAUGUUUUCUGAUCAUAAUGAUAAUUAUGACUGGAAAGACAAACUAUAUUCGCUACAACCCCAAAGAGAUAUUGGUCUAUGGGUCCAAUGCUGUAGAAAGGAAUGUCACAAGUUUAGAUACGUUGAUAACUACCAUGAUCCAACAGAUGUACCCAAAAAAUGGUUCUGUGAAAUGAAUUCUGACAAGUCAAUAGCAUCUUGUAAUAUACCAGAACAACCUAUAUCACCUGCUGAUAAAUCUGAUUUGAUUGAAAAUACUUAUAAUGCAGGUAGCAUUGUUUGGGCACAUAUUUCUGGUUUUCCUUGGUGGCCUGGAAUAGUUAAUGAUAACCCUGACACAUUCGCAUACUAUGAAUUACAGAAAAAAUCAAUUAAACCUGUAAGAUAUUAUGUUACAUUUUUUAACGAAGAACAGCUUGAUGCUGCUUGGGUUCAUAAAAAAAAUAUUAAACCAUUAGCAUCACAUAAAUAUAGCCAAGUUAUUAAAAAGACAAAGUAUUUUGGAAUAGAAUAUGAACAACCUUUAAAAAAAGCAUAUCAAAUAGCUUUAAAUGCUCUUCCAUUAUCAAUUCUACAGAGACUGAGAAAAUAUAGUUUCCUGGCACAAUAUGAAAAAUUUUAUGACACAAAUAAUAAUGUUAAUAGACCUAUUACCCAAACCUCUGAAAUGGAAAUAGUAGAAAAUUCAGAUGAUGAGAGACAACAUUCAAAUUCGAGUCAACACAUUACAUUAAAGGAGUUUUAUUUAAGCACACGUAAAAACCAAAUUUCAAAACAAUUUCUGUCAUAAAUAACAAAUAAGAUAUUUUCUUAUAAAACAAUAACGAAUCAGAACUCAUUUCACUCAUAUUAAAUAUU